AUACAGGCGGAGCAGAUAGAGGAUGGAGCAGAGGGACCGAGGAGCAGCCGCCUCAGAUCUCAUGCCCAAAACAUCACCUUCCGCGCGAGAGGAUUCGCCUUCACUCCACGCGCAGAGUUUGGAUUCCGCUCGUGUUCAUUCGCGUCCUCUCUUCGUCGCCGACAGCAGCUCGUCGGUCCGCUUCUGCCUUCUGGCUGUGAACACCGCGCCGGUUCUGGCUUUUAUGUCCCAGUGAAAUUCUACUAAAAAAAAAAACAACAACAAAAAAACAAAAACCCAGUGUGAUACAUUUCACGCGAGGUUUCACACAUUCAGCUGGACUGCAAAGUCGCUCUUCCAAUCGAAAUGGAUGAAGACAAUCAUGUCCCUGAGGAUCUGUCCCUGGAGGAGAGGGACGAGCUGUCCAGCAUCCGGCGGAGGAAGAGGGAGCUGCUCGAUGACAUCGAGAGGCUGAAAUUUGAGAUCGCAGAAGUCAUGACAGAGAUUGAACAGCUGACGUGUGUCGGGGAAAGCAAAACGUCCCAGAGGAACAAGCAGAUCGCCAUGGGCAGGAAGAAAUUCAACAUGGAUCCCAAAAAGGGAAUCCAGUUCCUGCAGGAGAACGACCUGCUCCAGAACACUCCGGAAGACAUCGCCCAGUUCCUCUACAAAGGCGAGGGCCUCAACAAGACCGUCAUCGGGGACUACUUGGGCGAGCGGGACGACUUCAACAUCAAGGUGCUUCAGGCUUUUGUGGAGCUGCAUGAGUUCGCCGACUUGAACCUGGUCCAAGCGCUGCGGCAGUUCCUGUGGAGUUUCCGUCUGCCAGGUGAAGCCCAGAAGAUCGACCGCAUGAUGGAGGCGUUUGCCUCGCGCUACUGCCAGUGCAACCCCGGAGUCUUCCAGUCCACAGAUACCUGCUAUGUGUUGUCAUUCGCUAUCAUCAUGUUGAACACCAGUCUACACAACCCAAACGUCAGAGACAAGCCCCCUGUCGAGCGUUUCAUCUCCAUGAACAGGGGAAUCAAUGAAGGAGGCGAUCUACCAGAGGAGCUUCUCAGGAAUCUUUACGACAGCAUCAAAAAUGAGCCCUUCAAAAUCCCAGAGGACGACGGGAACGACCUGACACACACAUUCUUCAACCCGGACAGAGAGGGCUGGCUCUUAAAGCUGGGCGGCAGAGUCAAAACGUGGAAGAGAAGAUGGUUCAUCCUAACAGACAACUGCCUCUACUACUUUGAAUACACAACAGAUAAAGAGCCUCGCGGGAUUAUUCCCCUUGAAAACCUCAGCAUCAGAGAGGUGGACGAGCCCAGGAAACCAAACUGCUUUGAGCUCUACAAUCCCAGCCACAAAGGUCAGGUCAUCAAGGCCUGCAAGACGGAGGCAGACGGGCGGGUGGUGGAGGGCAACCACGUGGUGUACAGGAUAUCGGCCCCGACCCCAGAGGAGAAGGAGGAGUGGAUCAAGUCCAUCAAGGCGAGCAUCAGCAGGGAUCCUUUCUACGACAUGCUGGCCACCAGGAAGAGGAGGAUAGCCAAUAAGAAAUGAUGACUGUAUAUCUGGGGCUGAGAGUCAUUGUGUGUGUGUGUGUGUGUGUGUGUGUGUGUGUGUGUGUGUGUGUGUGUGUGUGUGUGUGUGCGUGUGCGCGUGUGUGUUUUUCUGCGGAAGUUGUGAAGGUCUCCCAUUCAGUUUUUUCAGGGCUGAGGGACAAGCACAGGCGCAAGGGAUUCUGGGUCAUUUCUGGCCCUGGACUGUUUGCAUCUCAAGUCUUUUCUGAUGCUAAAACGAGGAAGAGGACAGAAAGUACAAAUGAACUCUUCACGAAGCUGAUUUAAAGUGAAGAACAGCAGAAGAAGAGACGGCGCUGACUGUAAUAAGGGAGCUUUGACUCUGCAAUGCUUGGGAGAGACUGCCCUCUGCUGGGCUCCUAUGGAAUUGAACAUACUUCACCUUAUGCGGUGCCUUGCAAAAGUUUCCCUAGAACUUUUUCACAUUUUCUUUACUGUAUUUUAUCUGGAUUUUAUGUGACAGACCAACACAAAGUAGUGCAAAAUGGUAACAAUAUAAGGUUUUCAUUGUUUUUAUUGAUAAUCUGAAAAACGAAGCAUGCAGUUGAAUUUAGCCCCGCAGUUCAAGUGUGUUCUACCAGCUUUGCACUGGUCUGAAACCUCACUCAUCCUUUCUGUCCUGACUGACGAAAAGCACUACCGUAGCAUGAUACUAGCACCACCAUGUUACACAAUCUGAUUGGGUUUUUUACAAGACUCAGUGGAUGAGACUAGACUCAAAUGAAUCCCACAUGUUUUAAAUUGUCCAAAUCAUGAACUACUUUGUGUUGGUCUAUCUCAGUAUAGCAGACAAAAGAAAAAUUGUAAGGAAGUUCUAGGGGGUUGAAUAUAUAUCUAUAUAUAUUUGCAAGACAUUGAAUAGAAAAGAAAAUUCCUAAUCUGUUGAUCCGGGUGGAGGUACCUACAGGAUUCCUGCUGCCAGUCCUCACAUCCACCUCGUCUCACUGCCAACAGGUGACAAUGUUUUAUCGCGAACUCCUGAAAGCCUCAAGCUCAUCGGUCAGCUGGUCUGGUUGGUGGCCUUCAAAUGACUGUAUUAUGCAAUCCUUCUGAUUUAUUCUGUAAAUGUACUCACCUGUAAAUUAUAGUACACCCAGCUAAGUUCAUAUGUGACGGCACAGAAAUGGAAACUGUAUGGAGUUUUAUUAAAGUGGCUGUAGCUUUUAAAAGUUCUAAUUCAGGUUCCUGGAAGGACUCUUGUGUUCCAACGAUUCGUCUUUCGCACUAGUUUCAAAUCUUUUGUAUUUAUUUUCUCGCCCUUUCAGUUAGUGUGUAUAGAAUAUAAUGUACAGCUGUUUCUUUUUUAAUGUUUAUGUAGGAUCGGUCAUGUCAUUCAACUCUUUAGUCCAUCAGACUACAGUAGAAGAAGAGGGACUCUUUGCCUCUUCCUAGUGGAGAAACAAAGACUCUGCACUCUUGGGGAUGGGAAAUAAAUAAAUGGUGCUGGAUUAAAGAAACGACAUUUACCGUUUUCGCGGUUCAUUACAUUGUUGAGUCUGGUGGAGCAGUUGCGUUUGUCAUGGUUGUGUGUUGCUUUGGGGAAACCGCCCUCAGAUGCUUUGAUGUACAAUCUGAAUAAAAAAGUGACAUACUCCCUACAGGUGACAGGUUCUGUCUUCAUGUGCAUUCAGUGAGAGAUUCCUGAUGCUGAAUAUUUCCCAAUAAGAAAUGAGAGACUUGCGUGUUUUCUGAUUUAGUGAAGUAACAAGAUUUUGUAGUUAAGCAGAGAUUGUUCUGAAUAGCCAAGAAUUGUACACAAGAGUAGAAAUACUUCCUCACUGGCGUUUUUAAGCUUCAUAUUGGAAAAUCUGACUCUAAUUUAUAGAUACAGUCCAAGGUCCAGGACACGUAGAGAUGUUAUACAUAAUGCCAGUUAAAUGGUGCGUUAAGUUUGGUUUGUUAUUCAAAUUAGCUUCAAAAGCUUGGGCUUCUCAGUUAGGACUGUAAGUAUAUAUUUUUUAAAAAGCCUUUUUAUUCACCAACCGUGUACUCCUCAAUGUCAGACAACAAUUCAGAAAAGUGAGUUGGUGUUUUGAGUUUUUGUUUGUAGUGACACAGUGCGGCCAGUAGGUGGUGCCACAUCUAAACACUGCAGUGGAUGUAAAAGAUCCAACGCCAUUAAAUCCAUAAAUCAGAAGAAUAGAUCAUAAACUCAAUUGACAGAUUAUUAAAUAUAAUCAUUCAACAGAUUUUUUUUCCCUGCCAACAGGAAAUCUGACUUUUCUUUUGAAUUAACGCUGUUGAAAACAAAAUCAAUUAAAUUUGAGGAUCUAGUAGGCUAUUAUAACGACCAUUCACGUAACAAAAGAACUGUAGCUCCAUAUCUUGAACUUUAUAUUUUUUAUUCUUUCAACUCAGAGAACAUUUUCUUUUUGAGAAUAAAUAACCCAUUUUAUUUGUAGUUCUGUGUGCUCUUUUAAAAGAGGUCUCUGUUCCCCCUGUGUCGGGAUCUGCAUUGGAUCCGAUCAUCUUCACGGCUCUUCUGAUCAAUUUCUCGGUAAAACAGCUCAUAUAAUCAUGUCAAGGUUGUAACAUACAGUUUAAUCGGCAGCUGUUGUUUUAAAAAGUAGCAGUAACAAAAUUGUAAAAUAA